AUGACCAACAUCUCUUACAGACAAGUGCGCCACCCUGAAGGGGAUAAUAGCGACACUGGACUUUUGCUUCAACGCACCGCCAAAGCCCGGCCGUCGCGAAGGGCCAAGGCUUCCAGCUAUGAGAUCCACCCUAAGCAGAGGCCAGUCCCGGAAAUUCUGGCCCAGCCGUCCAGGGAGCGUACGGAAACUACUAUUCGACUGCGGGUUCGUCGGCAGCUCCCCACACCAGAGGCGUGGUGGGUCCCUCUCCCAGCACGGGCUUCCGAUGGUGAAAAUGAAAAUGAAGUAUCCGUAAACCACCGCCAGCCAAAGAACAUGGGCGACAGGGGACGUGAUCGGCGGGAAUGGAUGAAGCGACUGCGUCCUAUGCCUCACCGACGAUACUGA